AUGUACACACCUCCAACCGACACAGUGAUCGCUUUUAGAAAUGCAGCCAGCCUCAUCCCCUUCGACGUGUCAAAUGCGACUGCGACCGGCUUGUAUGGUGUUCGAAUCGGAUCGCAAGGACUUUCAAUCCGACAUUUCACCCCGCUAUCAGCCAACGAGCGCUUGGUGCGCAGCUCAAGCAAUGCAAACUUCUCCAUCGACUUUAGUUCGGUGACCGCCCCUGCUGAACCCCCUACGACCUGUCCCUCGUACGACGUGAUCCUACUGGCGCUGAGUGGGCUAAGCGCAUUUGGCUCAGCGUUCUGGUAUCCACACAUGAUCAGUCUGCUCGACCGACUCCGACGAUUCGUGACGGACAACCAGGCAGCGGACCCCAACAACUUCCCGGACCGUGUGACCCUCACGCUGCAGUACGCCAACGUGUACCUGGGUAGGGCAGCUGGUCAUCUCGCUAUGGAUACACCUACUUGGUGGUGCGAUUUCCGCGCGGCGACUGCCGCAAUCGAAUACAAAUCGCUUGAGUGGCUUCCCGCAUUCCAAAGUCUCCCCACGACGGGCUCCGCCAACUUGGCCUCCCAAUCCGUGCCCGCUCCACCGCGGCGUCCCUCGUCCACCCGACCUCCAACAAUGCUGGGCCAUCUCCGACAACAGAUCCCCCGCCGGUCCGACGGCCCAGAGCCUUGUCUUCGCUUCUUCGGCGGAGACAUGUGCUUCGGGGGCUCUCGGGACAAAUGCGCGUACUCGCACCGCACACACAGAUGGGACUCACCGUUGCCCCGCGAACUUCAGGCGUACAUCAAUCGCCAAUACGGCUCCAACCGCCGCGGCCACUACGGCCCCCGCCGCAACUGA